AUCCUUUACGAAAUCUGUACUGUAUACUGUACUACUAUACUUGAAGUGUGAAAGAUACGUAUUACUGUAUAUCUAUUCAUAUGUGAAUCAAUCUUGAUCCAUAUAAUGCAUGCGUCAUCUAAAUUGUCAACUCGUUACUGUUUCGUGUCCAUGACAAAUAAUGUGUUAGACAGUAGGUGACGAUAUGAGAGUAACUUGGAGUGUGUCGAAUAGAAAGAAACAAAAACAGAUGAAGUUCCUUCGAAUGUUUAUUAAUUUUUGAAAAUAGUGAAAAGAGUGAAUUUCGAUAUUCAUAAACUGAAAAGUAUGAUAUUGGCGUACAGAAAGAUUUUAAUGCUGUGCAUAAUAGCAGCUGUAACUUUGAGUGUCCUGAGUAGAAUUUUACCCCCGCGUAAUAUUCAACGUAAAGUUUCACGUAAUUUAACCAAAUUGCAAAGUUUAAACUCACAGGAAACACAAGGGAGUUAUGGAUUCGCAGUUGAUUACCAAAAUAAUCAGUUUCUUCUCGAUGGACAACCAUUUCGUUACGUUUCCGGAAGUUUUCAUUAUUUUCGUACACCAAGGCACUAUUGGAGAGACAGACUGAGAAAACUUCGAGCAGCAGGAUUAAAUGCAGUUAGCACAUACGUCGAAUGGAGUCUUCAUCAACCGCAACCAGAUACUUGGAUGUGGUCAGGAGAAGCGGAUCUCAUGCAUUUUUUGAAUCUUGCGCAAGAAGAAGGACUAAUGGUUUUACUUAGACCUGGACCUUAUAUAUGCGCUGAGAGAGAUUUGGGUGGUUUACCUUAUUGGUUGCUUAACCGCGUACCAGACAUCCGGUUCCGCACUAAUGAUCAACGGUAUAUGGGAUACGUUACUGUUUAUCUGAAUGAAGUACUCAAAAAAAUUAAACCACUUUUGAGAGGACAGGGCGGUCCGAUAAUAAUGGUUCAGGUGGAAAACGAGUACGGAAGUUACUCGGCCUGUGACAUUCAGUAUAUGGUGAGUUUACAACAAUUAUUUUCCCAUCAUGUUGGUACCGAUGCACUUUUGUAUACUACCGAUGGAGCAUUGGUAAAAAUGCUACAAUGUGGAGUAGUAACGGGCGCCUAUGCGACAGUAGAUUUUGGAGUUUAUUCAAACGUAACAAAAGCGUUUGAGAUUAUGCGAAUAUUUCAGCCGAGGGGACCGCUUGUAAAUUCGGAAUUUUAUCCGGGUUGGUUGACUCACUGGGGGGAACCAUUUCAAACCGUGGGAAAGCGGGCGGUCAAGACAAAAUUAUACGAAAUGUUAUCAGUUGGAGCAUCCGUGAAUAUAUAUAUGUUUUAUGGAGGAACUAAUUUUGGAUUCACUUCCGGUGCUAAUGGCGGAGAAACAUUCAGUCCACAAUUGACAUCCUAUGAUUACGAUGCUCCUCUUACCGAGGCUGGAGAUCCCACACCGAAAUAUUUUGCGAUACGAGACGUCAUAGCUAAGUAUCUUCCCAUGCCAAAUCUAACAAUACCAACCAUAUCGCCCAAAGGUGAUUAUGGACCCAUUUUAAUGGAGUCGAUAAUCAAUCUGUUUGAUCCGUUGGCAAGAACACUUUUUGGAACGAAUCAAAUAACAACGACUACUUUACCGACGUUCGAAUCUCUCGACUUACCAUACGGUUUGGUUUUAUACGAAGCAUAUUUGCCACAGGGUGGUCCCGAUUCUAGUAUACUGCACGCUAUUGCAACAGACAGAGCUCUUGUUUAUGUCGAUUCUCAUUUAGUUAGUACACUGAGUCGUACUCAGAAAACAUCAACGAUACCAUUAGAACAGCCGUACGGCAGUAGAAUACAGUUACUGUUAGAAAAUCAAGGCCAUCUGAACUAUGGCAGCGGUAUGGAGGAUUUCAAGGGUCUGUGGAAUGUAACUGUUAACGGAUCACCUAUUCCCCAAUGGAACGUAACUGGUUUUCGUUUGAAUACCGUUAAGCCACUUCGUAAUUUGGAAUCAACGAGAAGCAACCAUGGAACUUUGAAUAACGGCCCUGUGUUCCUUAAAGGAGAAUUCACUAUAGAGGGUAAACCAUUGGACACUUUUUUGGAUACCACAGGCUGGGGUAAAGGCGUAGCAUACAUCAACGGACAUAAUUUAGGCAGAUAUUGGCCACUGGCAGGACCUCAAAUGACGCUUUACGUGCCAGCCCCAUAUUUACGGAGAGGUCAAAACGAAUUAAUAUUAUUAGAACUGGAGUUUGUUCCAAGGACGAAAAAAAUGACAUUCGUAACCGUUCCUAAAUUGGGUAACAAUACUGAAACGUAAAUGACAAAGUAUAAGUAUUUAAUUGUAUAGGAAAAAAAAAUUACCUUAAAGCCGAAUAAACAACAUUGUUCAAGUUCUUAUAUACAA